AUAAUCCAGCUGCAUGGGAGGAAAUGAACGAGGCGGGGAAGCAGCCGCCUCCAGCACCGCUUGAGCGCCCGGCCAGUCUCCUCGUCCCCACCUGGACUAAAACAGGUAUUGCAUUGUUAUAUGAUGAAGAGUCUGAAAAUGCCUAUGACAUCCAACUGAAGCUUACAAAAGAGGUACUAACAAUUCAAAAGCAAGAUGUCAUCUGCAUUAGUGGAAGUGAUCACAGUACAAACCACAGAGCUGUUACACUUCAUAGACAACCAGUUGGUGGCUUGGGCUUAAGUAUAAAGGGUGGUGCUGAGCACAAAGUACCUGUCGUCAUAUCAAAAAUAUUUAAAGACCAAGCAGCUGACCAAACAGGAAUGUUAUUUAUAGGAGAUGCACUAAUACAGGUUAAUGGCAUAAAUGUAGAAAGUGCUUCCCAUGAAGAAGUGGUACACCUACUGCGAAAUGCUGGCGAUGAAGUUACCAUCACUGUACAGUACCUCAGGGAAGCUCCAUCAUUUCUAAAGCUCCCAUUAGGUUCCCCUGGACCAUCCAGUGAUCAUAGCAGUGGAGCUUCCUCACCCCUCUUUGACAGUGGUUUACAUUUGAAUGGAAACUCAACUAACACAGCCCCAUCAUCGCCCUCUUCACCCAUAGCUAAUGAACCAAAAUAUGAGAAGCGCUGGCUAGACACCCUAUCAGUUCCUCUGUCGAUGGCUCGAAUCUCAAGAUACAAAGCUGGAACAGAUAAAUUAAGAUCUAAUGCAUUUGAAGUGCUUGCACUCGAUGGCGUUAGUACUGGGAUACUUCAGUUUUAUACAGCGCAGGAGUGUGCUGACUGGCUGAGAGCAUUAUCAACUAACAUCUCUGAUUUGACACUUCAAAAUAUGAAAAUGGCAAAUAAAUGCUGCUCUCUAUCAGACCAGAUUAUUCAUAUGGGCUGGGUGAAUGAAAGACUCGAGGGAACUGGUUCAUCUCAACUCUACAAAUACAAGUUCCUGGCACUGAAGGGUUCAUCCUUCUACAUUUUCAGCACUCCACCGGUAAGCAUACUAGACUGGGUACGAGCUGAAAAAAUCUAUCACCUCUGUGAGGUUCUAUUUAAAGUUCACAAGCUCUGGCUUGCUGAUGAUUGCUGGCUACAAGCAAACUUGUAUUUAGGUAUUCAUCAGGACUUUGAGCUUGAAGACCAGAGGCCAUAUUGUUUCAGUGUCAUGGUUGGACAUGGCAAGAGUCAUUAUUUUAACGUAGAGCUUGGCAGUGAGUUGGCGGCAUGGGAAAAAUCAUUUCAAAGAGCAAUUUUCUUGGACGUUCAAAGAACAGGGUCUAAAACAUAUAUGUGCAGCUGGCAAGGAGUAACCCUGUGUUUCACAAUUGACUUUGCCUUGGGAUUCACCUGUUUUGACAGUAAAACAAAGAAUGUGGUCUGGAGGUUUAAAUUCUCUCAGCUCAAGGGGUCUUCAGACGAUGGAAAAACAAGAGUAAAGCUGCUUUUUCAAAAUCUAGACACCAAACAAAUUGAGAUGAAGGAACUUGAAUUUCAGGAUCUGACAGCGGUUUUACACUGUAUUCACUCCUUUAUAGCAGCAAAGGUGGCAUCACUUGAUCCAGUAUUUAUAGACAGCCAGAGCAUUGCAAGAAAAUACAUGUACAGUAACUGA